AGAAAAAAUAGAAUAAGUCAUGUCAGAGAUGCUUGACCUCUCUUUUCUGUCUGAGAUGGAAAGGGAUUUGAUCCUCAGUGUUCUACAGCGAGAUGAGGAGCUCCGGAAAGCAGAUGAGAAAAGAAUUAGGCGAUUGAAGAAUGAAUUACUGGAGAUAAAAAGGAAAGGGGCCAAGAGGGGCAGCCAACACUAUAGUGAUCGGACCUGUGCCCGGUGCCAGGAGAACCUGGGCCGUUUGACUCCUAAGACCAACACUUGUAGGGGUUGUAAUCACCUGGUGUGCCGAGACUGCCGUAUCCAUGAAAGCAAUGGUACCUGGAGGUGCAAGGUGUGCGCCAAGGAAAUAGAGCUGAAGAAGGCAACUGGAGACUGGUUUUACGACCAGAAAGUGAAUCGCUUUGCUUACCGCACAGGCAGUGAGAUAAUCAGGAUGUCCCUGCGCCGCAAACCUGCAGUGAAUAAAAGAGAGACUGUGGGACAGUCCCUCCAUCAUCAGUCACAGAUGGGUGAUGUCUGGCCAGGAAGAAAGAUCAUUCAGGAGCAACAGAAGGAGCCCAGUGUACCAAUCGAAGUGCCCAAGCUGAAAAGUGGAAAGAGUGCACUGGAGGCUGAGAGUGAGAGUCUGGAUAGCUACACAGCUGACUCAGAUAGCACAUCCAGGAGAGACUCUCUGGAUAAAUCUGGCCUCUUUCCAGAAUGGAAGAAGAUGUCUGCUCCCAAAUCUCAAAUAGAAAAGGAAACUCAGUCUGGAGGUCAAAAUGUGGUAUCUGUCAAUGAGGGUGAAAUGAUAUUCAAGAAGAACACCAGAAAAAUCUUCAGGCCUUCAGAAUAUACUAAGUCUGUGAUUGAUCUUCGCCCAGAAGAUGUGGAACAUGAAUGUGGCUCUUUGGGAGACAGAAGCAAAUCUGUCCCUGGACUCAGUGUGGAUAUGGAAGAAGAAGAAGAAGAGGAAGAAGAAGAAGAAGAAGAAGACAUUGACCACCUGGUGAAGUUGCAUCGCCAGAAACUAGCCAGAAGCAGCCUGAGAAGUGGCUCCUCCAUGAGUACAAUAGGCAGCAUGAUGAGCAUCUAUAGUGAAGCUGGUGAUUUCGGGAACAUCUCUGUGACUGGCAAGAUUGCCUUUUCCCUGAAGUAUGAACAGCAAACACAGACUUUGGUCAUUCACGUGAAGGAAUGCCACCAGCUGGCUUAUGCUGAUGAAGCUAAGAAGCGCUCUAAUCCAUAUGUGAAGACUUAUCUGCUGCCUGACAAGUCCAGGCAAGGAAAAAGAAAAACCAGCAUUAAGAGGGACACCAUAAAUCCACUAUAUGAUGAGAUCCUCAAAUAUGAGAUCCCAGAAUCUCUCCUGGCCCAGAGAACGUUGCAGUUCUCAGUUUGGCAUCAUGGUCGUUUUGGUAGAAACACUUUUCUUGGAGAGGCAGAUGUCCAGAUGGAUUCCUGGAAGCUUGAUAAGAAACUGGAUCAUUGCCUUCCUUUGCAUGGAAAGAUCAGUGCUGAGUCCCUGACUGGCUUGCCAUCACACAAAGGCGAGUUGGUGGUUUCAUUGAAAUACAUCCCAGCCUCCAAACUCCCUGUUGGAGGUGACCGGAAAAAGAGUAAAGGUGGGGAAGGGGGAGAGCUCCAGGUAUGGAUCAAAGAAGCCAAGAACCUGACGGCUGCCAAAUCAGGAGGGACUUCAGACAGCUUUGUCAAGGGAUACCUCCUUCCCAUGAGGAAUAAGGCCAGUAAGCGUAAAACUCCUGUGAUGAAGAAGACCCUGAAUCCCCACUACAACCAUACAUUUGUCUACAAUGGUGUGAAGCUGGAAGAUCUACAACACAUGUGCCUGGAACUGACUGUGUGGGACCGGGAGCCCCUGGCCAGCAAUGACUUCCUGGGAGGGGUCAGGCUGGGUGUUGGCACAGGGAUCAGUAAUGGGGAAGUGGUGGACUGGAUGGACUCGACUGGGGAAGAAGUGAGCUUGUGGCAGAAGAUGCGACAGUACCCAGGGUCUUGGGCAGAAGGGACUCUGCAACUUCGUUCCUCGAUGGCCAAGCAGAAGCCGGUUUAUGAGUUGGCCAGAGAAAGUCAGAGAAAGUGAAGAAAACCAAGAGUAAAGAUUUAUAAUUUAAUAUGUGUAUUAUGUCUAUGUGUAUACAAAUAUGUAUUUCUAUAAAUCUCACUAUGCUAGAGUGUUGCAGACAUGCUCCUCUUUUGAAAACAGGUUCAAGAAUAAGGGUCUCUUCAAAAUGUUUUUAUUUGUGCGUAAGCUAGUAUACUUGCCAAGUCCAUUCUUAUAUCUUUCUGAGUUUUAAUUAACUUCUAAAAUGUUUUAAAAUAACUUUUUUAUCUUCUGUCUUAUUAUCCUUGUUCCUACUUCCCUAGGAAGCCCUGGCUGCCUCUGGCAUUAGUAAUAAUCUAUGUUUAAAUGUGUUCCUGGUCUGAGGCCAAGGAUCUGGGAAGCAGGGUUGGGUUACUAAAGACAGGAGAAGAUGGUAGAAAGGUGAGUAGGUCCUCUCCUUCCUCUCUAAUUUAUGCUUUUAAUUCCUUUUCUACCUUGACAAAUUUCUAGAACUUUGCUUUUAACUCCUCUUGUUUUUUAAUCAGUUUCCACCUUGCUUGAGUCUAAUGAUUUUUGUGAAAUGGUAAGAAAAUUAUUCAGUUCCUUCUGGUUCUAGACACCUUCACUAUACCUUAUAAUGGGGCUGCUUUUAAAAGAGCACUUUAAUUAAAUAAUAGCCUUUAGACCAAGUCAUGGACAUGCGCAGCAAGUAGUUCUUGGUGGUUCCAGAGGACCAGAGUGACUGAGGCUGAAGUGUCUUCCAGUCUGUGUUGAAUUCUUUGCAUUUAAACUGUUACAGUGGUUGUUGGAGAGCUCAUUUCUCUAAUGAAAGGCAAGACAUCUUCAUUCUCAACAUGUACCACAUCUUUCUUAGUGUUUGUGUCCACAAUGUAUUACCAAACAGAAUAUGGUCUACAUACCAUUUUGUCCACCAGAAUAGCCAAGUACUGUGUAAACUGGUCCAGUGUUUCUCCGGGUUGGGCACUGUUAGUUCUCCGAGAUAAUGUAUUCUGACUUCUUUCUUGAAAUGGUUUCAGAUCUUAUUUUUUCUAUUGUUUCCUAAUCUUAACCUAGAUUUAACAUGGGAGUGAUAUGUUGAGACCUUUCUAAGAAGGAUUUUAAUGAGCUAAGGUUCAUUUUUCUAAAACUUACUGUUCCAAACUGACCUUUUUAUUCUCCCAUGUGUAUCUACAUAGUCAUUUUUUGAAAGAAGUCUAUACCGGAGAAGAAAUACCUGUCAGUCUUGUCAUGUGCUCACUCACUGACUCUGCUAUAUAUGUGAACUGACUGGGAGUGUUUUUAAAAGGGUUAUUUGGUAUGGAUUGAUAUUGUAAUGGAAGGCAAACUUGAGAUACUGUGCUGUAACUUGCUCCUUUGUUCUCCACCCCCUGAAAUGUACUUGUUCUUCAAUAAAGUGUUCUCACU